GGCCGUGAUUCCAUAUCAACUAUAUUUGUGGCGCUUUCGGCGUGCAUAUCCUGUCAACUGGGUCACUAUCCAAACUGGCUAUUCUUUCAGUGCUUUUGUGCCAUUGCGUUGUUUUAUUGCGCACACUGGCAGACGUAUGUGUCUGGAACGAUGCGCUUCGGCCGCAUCGAUGUAACUGAGGCUCAAUUCUCCAUCAUUGCUAUACAUUUGGUUUCGGCCGUGCUGGGGCCCGAGAUUUGGCUGACGAAGAUGCCUUAUCUUGAGUGUGAAACACGCUGCUUGCCGUUUUAUAUGGCCAGUGGAGUUGACUUCAGUUUAUCCAUUUUAAACGAGGGCUGUGGGAAGAAUGGAUCAUCUGUUGCAGGAACCAGUGUUCUAUCGCCUAGUAUACCGCUGACACUUGUAGUGCUGCCCGCGCUGAUGAUAGCGCAAAAGUCGCCGGAAAAUAUUUUUACGGAGCACGCUUCAGUUUUUAUUCUGGCUUUUGGCAUGGUGGCUGCCAAAAUUACCAACAAGCUGGUGAUAAACAAUGCGUAAAAUGCCAAAAUAAAA